AUGACGAUGCAGGAGAAAAAGUCUAGAUUCAACAUUUGCAAUGUUGAAAACCUAAUCAAGUGUGAUAAAGAGACAACUAGCUGUAAAGUGACCAAUGGAGACUAUACAUGUCCAUGCAAAGCUGGAUUUUUCCCAACACAUAGCCCAUACCAAUGUGGAGAUAUUGAUGAAUGCGUUAACCAAACGUGUAACAAUGGAGGAAAAUGUAAAAAUACUUUUGGUAACUGGACAUGUUCUUGUUUAUCUGGAUUUGAAUCUACUUAUCAUGGAAAGAAUAAUAUCACCUGUGACGAUAUAGAUGAAUGUAUUAGACAUGACAUUUACUCUUGUCACGGAGAGAAAAAUUCUUCGCUAUGCAGUAAUACUGUUGGAAACUGGGAUUGUUUGUGCAAAAAUGGAUUCGUAGCUAGAAAUAUAACUGAGACAGUAAGAAGGUGCGAAGAUAUUGAUGAGUGUGAAAAUGAUUCGUACUACUGUAAUGGAACAUGUAGCAACAGCGUGGGGAAUUGGACGUGUACGUGUCCGAAAGGCUAUACAGUUCAACCGAACCAAAAUGGAAGCCGUGUAUUCUGCAUAGAUGUUGAUGAAUGCGAGGUCAAAAAGUUUUGUUCAGAACAUGGAAAGUGUGUAAAUACACAAGGCAGCUUUGAAUGUAACUGUUAUGAUGGGUUCGAGCUAAAUGUUACAAACAAAAAAUGCAUAGAUAUCAACGAAUGUCAAAGACAUGAAAUUUACUCUUGUCACGGGCAGAAAAAUUCUUCGCUCUGCAGUAAUACUGUUGGAACCUGGGAUUGUUUGUGUACGGAAGGAUUUGUAGCUAGAAAUAUCACAGACACAGUUAGAAGUUGCGACGAUAUUGAUGAGUGUAAACAUGGUUCGUACUACUGUAAUGGUAGCUGUAGCAACAGUGUGGGGAAUUGGGCAUGUACGUGCCCAAAAGGCUAUACAGUUCAUCGGAACCAAAAUGGAAGCCGUGUAUCCUGCAUAGAUAUUGAUGAGUGUAAAAAUGAUUCGUACUACUGUAAUGGAACCUGUAGCAACAGCGUGGGGGAUUGGACAUGCACGUGUUCGAAAGGCUUUACAGUUAAACGGAACCAAAACGGAAGCCGUGUCUUCUGCAUAGAUAUUGACGAAUGCGAGAAACCAAGUAUCUGUGGAAAUGGUGGAAUGUGCAAUAACACAAAAGGAACCUAUAUAUGUACCUGUCCAAAAAGUGGAUAUGUUCAAAAUAAGUAUAAGAAUGAGUCAUGUGAAGACAUUAAUGAAUGCACAAACAAAUCGUAUCACUGUGGUGGAAAGUGUAAUAACACACUUGGAAGCUGGACAUGUGAAUGUGAAGAAGGAUACUCUAAAGAAUCAAAUAAUGAAACAAAAAUUGUCAUUAAAUGCGAAGAUUUAAACGAAUGCGACAAAGGCGCAAAGUGUGAAGAGGGUGUAUGUAUAAAUCUAGAUGGCUCUUGGAGUUGUGACUGUUCGGACGGUAAGCAACCAGAGCGCAUUAAUUCCACUACGACUGUGUGUCGAGGUGGAUAUCAGUAUAUUAUGUCGACAGGAAUAUCAGUUCCGGUAUCAAAAGGUGUUAAGGAGAGCGAGAUCAGCAUUUACAUGAAGGCACAGAUAGAAACAAUAUAUGCAGCAAAGUUUCAAAAUCAACAUGUUCGUGUAUAUAUAAUAUCAGUAAUAAGUGUUGGUAGUGGAAAGAGGCAAAAAAGACAGGCUUCGGAGAACUAUGAGAUUAAUUUCGUCCUGCAUUCCAAUCAAUCAAUCCCCCAUGAAAAAAUAAGUCAAGCAUGGACAGAAUAUAUUAAACAAAAUUGUUCUCAAAACGGAUGUCCAGCGCCAAAAAGUGUGCGAGAAUUGCCUGUGGUCAUUGCACACAAAAUAAACAUAGCAGAAGAUCAAUCAGCUGCCCUUUGUAGUCUUGAUAAGUUUAACCUUUGUAACCCGGACACCUCGACUUGUAACUUUGUGAAUGGAAGCGCAAACUGUGACUGUAAAAAAGGUUAUACAAAUAAUGGAACACAGUCGAAUUUAACUUGUGAAGUAAAAAAAGAGGUUUGUAAACAAAAUCCUUGUGAAAAUAGUGCUACAUGUCGAAUGACUCAAGAUAAUAAGGAUUUUGAGUGUGUAUGCCGUGAUAGGUGGACAGGGAAAUAUUGUGAGAAUGCCCACAUUUCUAAAACUGAUGAAACAACGAUUCUUAUUGCAACAGCGAGCAGUCUUGGUGCAGUUGUUAUUAUAUUGACAUUGACAGUAAUGAUAGUCUGCAGAUCCAGAUCAAAGAAGGUCAAAGAAGCAGAAAAAAUGUCUCUAAAACAUAUGGACGGCUCCCUUUUUAGAAAUCGAUACAUUGAUGACGACGACGGUGAUGGAUCAUUUUAUAGCCGCAGGCUUUCUAAUUCAUCUCUACCUUAUGGACACCAAAAUAGAGUGAGUGGGAUUGGAAACCAGAAAGACCUUUCCCCAAACCAAUACCAACUGCCUAGAAUUAAUCUCUAUAGUUCAAUGCCAAACCUAGCAGACAACGGUAUGAACUUCAACCGUUUUGAUGACCAAAGACAUUCUGGUGACGAGAUAAGGCGUAUAGGUAGCUACAAUCAAGAUUUAAAUCGAAGUUAUGACAUUGACCUUAGAGCAUCACGGAACAGUUGGAACGGCAGAAGAUCGCCUCCACCAGAUUAUGGAAGACCCAGGUCCCCAAAGCCAGAUUAUCUAGGAAGUAAACAUCAAGGAUUUAGUGACAGCGGAGUGAGAAAUGACAACAACAGUAAAAGAAACGAGUAUAGCGGCCAAGAGAAUAGAGAACUGCACUACCUUUAUCAGCAAAGACAGAGUACCAAUUUCUAAAAGCAAAUUUUCCUAUUUCUGAAGUUCCAACUGCUACUGCGCUCCAAUGGAUAAUAUGCAAAUCCUUUGUGUGAAUUUGCAGAUUGUCUUCGUUUUUAUUUGACAUAAAUCAAUGACUGAAAUUUAAAUAGUCAAAUUGAAGAUCAAGUGUUAUUAAAGGUUAAAUGGUUCGGAUAUGUUGCCUGCUUUUAAAUUUGUCUUUUGAUGUCUUAUCUGUGAUACGCAGGCUUCAUAACCUCUGAUCCCCUCUCUAAAUUCCAUUUUAUUUAGUUCCGCCCAUUGUUUUCUCGUUUAGGGCACACGCUUUUUAUUACUUGGGGACCAUACGCCUCUUUUCAUGGAAUGGCACGGAAGUGUCACAUUGAAGGUUCCAUGAUAACCGCCGUAUGAACACAUCUACGGAUGUUUCUAAAUUUAAAACUUUACUAUUUCACGUUUAAAUGUUGAAUUCUGCUUAAGCGAGUGCUAGGGGGCGUGGACGGUAACUUGCACUUUCCAGUACCGUCCAUGAACAGGCUCAAUCAAACCGAGCCUGCAACAUUUUCAAUUUUGCCAUGUUGGGCUUUCUUUAGGGAUUCUGUAUUUAUCUUUUUUAAAAAAAUGAUAAAAAAAUUAAAAAAAUAUAAUGACUAAAAAUGUCACUCCCUUUACCUAUUACAGUUUUACGAACAUUAAAGCGAUUCGUUACCCGCGGUGGUCAUACUAACUGAAUGUGACCAUCUACUUAAGUGUUGCUAACAAAUCAAACAGGAUAGAGAUCUUCUAUCAUGCAAUAUUUUUCAAUAGCGCGAGGUAAUGCUAUUUGAGUUGUUUACAAAAUCAAUAGCUAAUACAAAAUUAUGUUUGUGUGGGGUU